GCCCCUCCUCCCACUGACCUGCUUCCACAAGAUUUUGGAGUUUGCUUCCUGCCUAGAACAAGAUGGCUCUAGCCUGGAGAAAUCUGCCUAAAGCCUUCUACCUGGAGACCUCUCUCAGAAGCCUCCAGAUGUGUCCGUCCUUGAGCUUAGGUGCUUCCUGGAUAUCUGGAUCCAGGCUCACGCUUCAUACAAAGCCCAGCAUGCCAUCAUGUGACUUCUCACCUGAGCCAUACCAGUCCCUUCCCUACAGCCGUGCUCGGGAGAUUCAUAAGCUGCACAUUUCUCCUGUGGAAACAGCAUAUUUCCAGAAGCCUCUGAUGCUCCACCAGGGACACAUGGAGUGGCUCUUCGAUUCGGAAGGAAACAGAUACCUGGACUUCUUCUCUGGGAUUGUAACUGUUAGUGUUGGUCACUGUCACCCGAAGGUAACUGCAGUGGCACAAAAGCAGAUGGGCCGCCUGUGGCAUACAAGCUCUGUCUUCUUCCACCCUCCAAUGCAUGAAUACGCAGAGAAACUUUCAGCGCUUCUCCCUGAGCCUCUUAAGGUCAUUUUCUUGGUGAACAGUGGAUCAGAAGCCAAUGACCUGGCCAUGGUGAUGGCCAGAGCACACUCAAAUCACACAGACAUCAUUUCUUUCAGAGGAGCCUAUCACGGAUGCAGUCCCUACACCCUCGGCUUGACAAACGUAGGGAACUACAAGGUGGAUUUCCCCAGUGCGAUGGGCUGCCGCUCAACAAUGUGCCCAGAUGUUUUCCGUGGCCCUUGGGGAGGAAGCUACUGCCGAGAUUCCCCCGUGCAAACAGUUAGGAAAUGCAGCUGCGCUCCAGGCUGCUGCCAGGCUAACCAACAGUAUAUUGAACAAUUCAAAGAAACUCUGAACACGUCUGUGGCCAAGUCAAUUGCUGGAUUUUUUGCAGAGCCAAUUCAAGGUGUGAAUGGUUUUGUCCAGUACCCAAAGGAGUUUCUGAAGGAAGCUUUUGCCUUGGUUCGAGAGAGGGGAGGUGUAUGCAUUGCCGAUGAAGUGCAGACAGGAUUUGGAAGGCUGGGCUCUCACUUCUGGGGCUUCCAAAGCCACGAUGUCCUGCCUGAUAUUGUCACCAUGGCUAAAGGGAUUGGGAAUGGCUUCCCCAUGGCUGCAGUUGUGACCACUCCAGAAAUCGCUAAAUCUUUGACUAAAUGCAUGCAUCACUUCAACACAUUUGGAGGAAACCCCCUGGCCUGUGCCAUUGGAUCCGCUGUGCUCAAGGUGAUUAAGGAAGAAAAUCUACAGAAAAACAGCCAAGAAGUUGGUACCUACAUGAUCCUCAAGUUUGCUGAGCUGCGGGAGGAAUUCGACAUCGUUGGGGAUGUCCGAGGCAAAGGCCUUUUGAUAGGAAUAGAGAUGGUUCAAGACAAGAUGAGCCGCCAGCCUCUUCCUAAAACUGAAGUGAAUCAAAUCCAUGAGGACUGCAAAGACAUGGGGCUCCUCGUGGGCAGAGGGGGCAUUUUUUCUCAGACAUUCCGCAUCGCACCCCCCAUGUGCAUCACUAAGCAGGAAGUGGACUUUGCAUUUGAAGUAUUUCGCACUGCCUUAAUUCAACACAUGGAGAGAAGAUCUAAGUAGAUUCCUACGAAAGAAGAGCCAUGAGCCUCAAGACUUUCUCAGCUAUGUGCAGGGAGGAAUGCAAAGAAUGUUGAAACCACACUUAGUAGAUGAAAAACUACAGUUCUCCAUAGUAAUUGUAAAAGACCCGUGGGCACUGGCCAUAAUUGUCAAUGAAGCCCAUAUUCUCCUGAGAAUCCCAUCCUUCAGGGACAGUGUUGUGGGAUAAUGGUCUUGUACCCUGUAAAGAUUUCUCACUUGUAUUGGUUUAAUAAAGAGCUGAUUGGCCAGUAGCCAGGCAAAAGUAUAGGUGGGGUGACCAGAACAGGAGAAUUCUGGCAAGAGAAAAGGUUCAGUCUGCAGUCGUCACCCAGACAUAGAGGAAACAAGAUGAAAACGCCUCACUGACAAAAGGUACCAAGCCACAUGGCUAACACAGACAAGAAUUAUAGGUUAAUGUAAGAUAUAAAAGUUAAUACAAAGCCUGAGUUGAUAGGCCAACCAGUUUAUAAUUAUUGUAGACCACUGUGUGUUUCUUUGGGACUGAAUGGCUGCAGGACUGGGCUGGACAGAAACCUCAGUCAACAAAAGAGUAUCUAUCCCUGGCUCACAGAAUAAGUCCUAAUUUGUGUAGAUUAGCCUAUGUUAUUUUCCAUUGCAUUUACGAGUUUGUAAAUGAAUACAAGGCUUGUGUGUUGCCGAAGAAUCCUGAAGGAAAACCUUUCUGUGCUAACACCUCUGGGGAAGCAUGUUUUCAUCCUUCAAGCUUGCUGUCACACUGGAAAUGCUGCCUCUCAUGAUGGGAUUUCUCAAUUCAUACCAGGAAUCUGGGAGCCAUGAAAAUAAAGCCUAGUCACUAUGCUAUAUAUGGAAAGUGGUUGAAAGCUAAGUGGUUGGUACUGUCAAUGAAUCACUGACCACAAACCUUGGAGCCAUCCUAUGUCAGGGUUUCUUGGCUUAUAAAAUAACAAAUUCAUUGUGCUGCUUAAGACUUUAACUAUUUUCCAUUAUUUCAGCCCAAGGGCAUCUUGAAAAUAAUGGAGAAAAUACCUUAGGGUGACAGCUGCACUCCAAACUCCCUAGAAAUACCUAUCAGAGCUUAUUUUACCUCUCUGUUAUCCCGCCAUCAUCUCAUCUUCAUCUAAACCCUUAUUUCUACUAUUGUUCUACUACUGCAAAUGCAUACAUAAUUCUCCAAACUCUAGUCAUUAGUAUAUACAGUCAUACAUAUUCUUUCCUAUAGGUGUUAUCUGAGUCUUAGAAGAGGCAACACGUUUUUUAAUUUGACAUACUCAUCGAGAUGUACUCAGCAGUAAACACCAUAUAAUUACUAUAAAUGAGAAAAUAUACUACUUACAAAAAGUAAGUAAGAGAAAAGGUUCAGUCACCCAGACAUAGAGGAAACAAGAUGAAAAUGCCUCACUGACAAAAGGCACCAAGCCACAUGGCUAACACAGACAAGAAUUAUAGGUUAAUGUAAGAUAUAAGAGUUAAUAGGCCAACCAGUUUAUAAUUAUUGUAGAUCUCUUGUUUGAAAACAGAUCAAACAAAGGCUUGAGUAUCCAGACUAUAAGGAAAGAAGCUAAUCCUAGUUUGAUUGCUAGAUAAAUAAAGAUUGUUAUUAUGAUGA